AUGGUCCUCCUCGAAAUGACGACCUACCUCAUUCUCCUCAUCCUCACAUUCUUCCGCUUCCUCCUCGACAGAGGCUACUACCUCCUCAUCCGAGACCUCGGCUUCAUCAUCGUCAUCCUCCUCGCGUGGUUCCCGAACAUGGUCGCGGGCAUGCUCAUCCGGUAUUGCGUCAUCCCGGUCUUCUCGUGGCUGGGUUUCGGCCCCAGGGGCUCCAUCGUCGGUGAGGCUUUCCUCUCGGGUGCUUUUGUCAACCCGCGGGAGGGUUUCAUAGGACGCAUCGGCCCCGAGACUUGGGCUCGCUAUGGCGACUUCGUCGAAGUGCCGGAGCUUAUUGCUUACAUGCAAUCCCUGGCGCUUUUGUGGCACUUUGAAGAAGAUGGCGUUCCGGCAUAG